GGGCAGGCCCCGGGCCCUGGCGCCGCCGCUCCGCUCCUGUGCCGGAAGCCCCGCGGGAAGUCUCGCGAGAGGCGGCGCGCGGGCGGCGGUGGCGCUCGUGCAGCUCCGGAGGGUCGCCUCAGCCGCUCGGCUCCCCGCAGCGCCUGGGCCCUGCUGCUCGCUCGCUCCCUCCCUCCCCCCCCGCUGCCAGCGCCGCCAUGUCCCGCUACCUCCGUCCCCCCAACACUUCGCUCUUCGUUCGGAACGUGGCCGACGACACCCGGUCUGAAGACUUGCGCCGUGAGUUUGGUCGUUACGGACCUAUAGUUGAUGUAUACGUUCCACUUGACUUCUACACUCGGCGUCCCAGAGGAUUUGCUUAUGUUCAAUUCGAAGAUGUCCGGGAUGCAGAAGAUGCUCUCCAUAACUUGGAUCGAAAAUGGAUUUGCGGUCGGCAAAUAGAAAUCCAGUUUGCACAGGGGGAUCGAAAGACACCAAAUCAAAUGAAAGCCAAGGAAGGGAGAAACCUGUACAGCUCCUCUCGUUAUGAUGACUAUGACAGAUACAGGCGGUCUAGGAGUCGGAGUUACGAAAGGAGACGCUCUAGAAGUCGUUCCUUUGAUUACAGCUACAGAAGAUCUUAUAGUCCCAGAAACAGUAGACCUACUGGAAGACCUCGUCGUAGCAGAAGCCAUUCGGACAAUGAUAGGUUCAAACACCGCAAUCGAUCUUUUUCAAGAUCUAAGUCCAAUUCAAGAUCACGAUCCAAGUCACAGCCCAAGAAAGAAAUGAAGGCUAAAUCACGGUCUAGGUCUGCAUCUCACACCAAAUCUAGAGGCACCUCUAAAACAGAUUCUAAAACACACUAUAAGUCCAGCUCAAGAUAUGAAAAGGAAUCGAGAAAAAAAGAACCAGCUAGAUCCAAAUCACAGUCAAGAUCACAUUCUAGAUCUAGGUCAAAAUCCAGAUCACGGUCGUGGACUAGUCCCAAGUCCAGUGGCCACUAACAGCGUAUCCAUGUUGUUUCUAGGCAUGUAAGAUUCAUUUACACACAGUUCAGUUUACUUAAAUUAUCAGGAAUAUGAUGUUGCAACAGUGCUAAAAAAUAUUUUCUUUGUCAGUUUUCCCUGUAGCCAACAAUGGUUAAAAUUAAAACAGUGUUGAGAAGCCACUGAGAGAGCGAGAGAGAGAGAGAGAGAAUGUCCACUUGGUUACAUGUCUUGGGCAGCUACUGAUUUGGUUGUGGUGUCUCUAUGUAUAUUUUUGUAAAGAUUUGCAUUUUUAAUGCUUAGAUAUUGGUGAUGACUUGAUUGAUCGUAACUUGCAACAUUGUCCUAUUAAAAAUGUCAAUACCCACAGAGAAAUUGGUACCAGUUUGUGCUGAACAGUUAAACCAGCUGUUUAACUUGUUCUGUGAUGCUCAGCUUUGUGCUAACACACACACAAAAAAGAAACUGGACAGCUGUAGUGCAACACUGACUGCUGUGAAAUGCAGACUGGCAGCUCUCUGCUUCCGUUGUUCAGAGGCAGGUCUCUCUGUUCCCCGUGCCCACUGACACCAGUAGCUUGGUAAAGGGAGCCCUGUGGGGAGAUGAUGUUGAGAUUUCUCUUUGAGCCUGCCCUCUGAAGAGGUGGUGCUGACACUGCCUGUACUCCAUGGGGAGAGAGUUGGUCUUGGAAGCUCGUUCAGAGGUGGUGCAGUGUGGUGACUUGUCAGGAUAGAGGCCUCACUGCGUUUGAACUGGCUGCUAGUACUGAACAUGUGAGGGGUGGGGGGGAAACACACCUCGAAAAUGGAAAAUUCAGUUCAGAUCAGCAACUAAAUAUUAGGUUGUGUGUACAUUUUAUGCAGUUUUUGUAUCUAUUCUAAAUUUUAGUGAGCAGUUAACCAUAAAAGUGCUUAGUUUUUCUGCUGUUAGAUACCAGUAGAUUGUUUGGAGUUGUGUAUGUACAGUAUAUAAGAACUAAACUUUUUAUGCCAAUGACUCCUGUGGUUAGUUGGUGUAUUCCUAGGUAUCAAAGUGUAGCCAUCUCUUCCUGAGCAACAAAGCCUUGCUUUUAUACAGCAAAAACAAUAAGCAAUUGAGCAAGCAAGUCUGAAUCACUUCUUCCUCAGAGCAGAUAGUGAUUUGGUUACAAAGAUUUUGCUUUCCUUCAGAACAAAUGUUUGGAGUUGGAUAUGAACAGGAGCUGCAUCUCUAGCUAUUUAGUUUAUCACUAAGAACAGUUUCUUUAGCAAAUUGGAUGUGAAAAUUAACAAAAGCCUUCUGUACCCUUACCAGUAUUUCUCUAGAAGGCAACAUUAAUUUGUUAGGAAAAUGGCUUUUGGUGGUAUUGGGUUGGGUUUGGACUUCCUCUCUACCUUCCAAAGCCAGUGUCCAGCCCCUGGUGUUCCUCACUGUCUUCUGUAGCAGUUUGUAAAGACAUUGAUUUCAGUUUUCUUUUAAGAUAAAUGGUUUAGCUUUUGGAGUUCAGUGUUUCCAGAAGGACCUUUCAAGACGUUCAGAUGGCUUCAAAAUCCCAGCAGCAAAAAGUGCUUAGGGGAUUGAUCCAAGAAUCUUUGUACAUUUGAUAGAGUUUCUAACUUUUAGUUUUUGUGGGUGUUUUUUUUUCCCCUUUUACUCUGCAGUUAAUGUUCAUCUUCUGCUAUGCAAUCAUUUAUAUGCACGUUCCUUUCAUUUUGUAGCCUUUUCCUGGAUGUAUAGUUUAAAAAUAACAAAAAAAGGGAAAAAAAAGUCUAUAUAAAAAACCUGUAGCAAGUAGUGUGCAGCUCUAGCAAAGGGGAAAAAAAAGUUGUGGGAUUAAAACUUUGUAUUUCCUUCCUUAAUAGAGGCUUCUAAAAAGGUAUUUUUAUAUGUUCUUUUUAAACAAAUAUUGUGUACUACCUUUCAAAGCUCGGAUGUUUUGAUCAAAAAUUAACUACAGACCCAGCUUUAUUUUCUGCUUGCUGUAAAUUUAGCCAACGUUGCUGUAAUAAAAUCAAAACAGAAAUGAAGGAAA